AUCGUGCAGAGCUCAUCGAGAGGAAUAGAUUGCCGAAUCGGUCGCCUUCAGACAUUAAAUGACGUCGCAAUGCAGUUCAUGCGAGAGCCGGGGGCUUAUGGGACCCCGGGGUCCUGCCAUCAGGUUCAUAUGUCAAUGGAUCAAUGGAGGUUGUGGAACGAACACUAAUAAUAGCCACUUGCAAACCUGUGCCACGUGCUCAUGUUGCAUGUGCAUGUGAUGUCCUGCAUGUGCCGUGUUCAUUUAAAACACAGACAGCUAAUGGUCCUCACUGGGUGUUCCUGAAGAUGAUCCAGGAAUACCGUGCCAACCUCGACUACCAUCCGCUCUCCAUCUUUGACCAGGUGGAGGAGCGAAAGAUCUGCGUCUGCGUCAGAAAGCGCCCACUCAACAAAAAAGAGCUGGCGCAGAAGGAGAUUGAUGUGGUGACGGUGCCCAGCCGCGAUGUGCUCAUGGUCCACGAGCCCAAACACAAGGUUGACCUCACCAAGUACCUGGACAACCAGACGUUCCGCUUCGACUACGCCUUCGACGAGUCGACCUCCAACGAAAUCGUCUACAAAUUCACCGCCUACCCAUUGGUGCAGUCAAUCUUCAACAAGGGCAUGGCCACGUGCUUCGCUUAUGGACAGACGGGAAGCGGCAAAACCCACGUGAGUUCUAGGCCACCGCGCGGUCGCCCUUCGUCAUUGGCGGUGGAGCAGUUCUUGCGACGGGGUCGCGGCCCGUUAACCUCUGGGGAACGGGAGUGCGCACUAUUAAAACCGAAGAUUCUCAACUCCACGAGAGGCUAUCGUUUCGCGGUCUGCGUCUUAACAACUUCCUAUGGCCCCCCGCAUGUGAUUGUUAUUUAAUUAUAUUAUUUGUAGCCCCC